AUCCUCGGUCCAAAGGGUGCAGGAUCGCAGUGGGGAGCACUCUUCCCCUUCGAAUCGAAGAACUGAGAUCGACUGGUGCAUAGAUAUCAGGGAAAGCCACCCAUUUCAACUCUAGCACCAUUCGAAAUCAGUGCUUUUGAUAAGAAGCAAUCAGCAGAGUGUCUCGCUCGGAGUGAAUUUCAACGCUGCCCCGCCUCUCCAACGAACUGAAAUCGGAACGUUCAAAAAACCAUUAUAAAGGAAAAAGUAGAUGUAAACUAACAAGUAGUGAGUGCCAAGUUGCAACCGCGUUGCCGAAGGAAGCCAGUCAAGUGCAGGCGUGUCUCUGACCGGGUCUUCAGGCGACGAUCAGAAUAAGCAAACAGCAAUUGCCUCGUCACCAGUGGAAAUAGAUUUCUUAUCGCAGCCGAGACGAAAAGUGUCGCAAGACUUCGGCGCUGACACUAAGUUUCUAUUGAUUGUGAAAAAGCCAUCUAAAAGUAUUCACUGUCAGUGGAAACAUUUUUGGUUUCCCUCGGCGAACACUGUAUUCCAGUUUUUAUAAAUAGAUCGGAUUACUGAAUGCUUUGCAAAAAAGGGGAGAUUUAUGGUUGUUUAUACAAAGAAAAGUAAAUAUUGUGUCGUUUACACCAUACAUAAUUGAGUUUUGGUUUUUUAAUUAAUAGUAUUCUGAUCUGAACGGAGACUUAUAAAUAAUUUCCCACUCCUUUAAGUGUCACACUUAGAGUCCAUGUCAAUAAAUCUUUUACCUUGGGCUGGAAAAUCUACAAAACAAAAGAGCGUAUCUCUUAUUAGUUCUUAUUAACCCUACCUAAGUGUGGAAAUCUUUUCUUUUUUUGUAAGCAAGGUUAUUUAUUAUUAAGAAUGUCUAUAUGGGUAUAGGUUUUUUUCAAAAAAAUAAUGCCAUUUCCUUUAAGCCUACAUUUUUUUUGGCAAAGUUUCAAUUAACAAUACUUGUUACUUAACGCGCUUAUCGUGUUGGGCCAAAAGUAUACACAUUCUCUUAUAAAAGUAUGUGCAAGAAAACAAAAUAAAAAAUAAAUUAAGAAAGCAACCAAAUUAUGGGGUACAUAAUCAAUUUAUUUCAGUGCUUACAGAAAAAUUAUCAAAAAUAUUUGAUUAAAAGUGUACCUACAUCAAUAGAACGUCAUAUACUAAUUGCUUAAUAUUCCUUGUUAAUUUUUUUUACAUCAGUUAAGAACUUAUGUCUGGCAUUGUAUUUUAUAGAGUCGCCACCAAAAUUAAUUGAAAGACCACUGAUCUCUGUUUAUGACACGAAGCAAAUCUUAUCUUCUUGGGGUGUAGUAAAUUAAAGUCAUCCGAGUGGGAAAAUCUGAUAUUCGUCGCUAUAAAAGGCACAGCUGGCAGUGGCUAAAUGCUAGUCGAACCUAUUAAAGUUGAGGUGACGGUGGAAGUGUUUCAAAAUGCCAGGACUUUCAAGUUCCCUGGUCCUGCAGGCCCUGUUGCUGGUCCUGACGGCUCAUGUGAGCACCCAAACGCGGUUCCUGAACGCCACUGACGACAUCUGUCGCCUCUUCAAGGACGGAACCAAACUCCGGAAGCCCGGAAGCUGCAGCGAGUGGUUCGAGUGCAACAACUCUGAGGCUUCGGAAAGCCAAAGCUGCACGGGCACUGGACAGUACUUCAGUUUGGCCAAGAACGAUUGCUACAAGAGUAUCGACGACUCCUACUGCAGCGCCCCUUCCUGCAAGGGAGUGGCAACGGGCUACAUUGGAGAUACCCGAAACUGCGCCAACUGGUACUACUGUGAUUCGAAUGCGGUAUUGGGCAGUGGAACCUGCCAGAACGGAAUGCACUUCGAUCAGGUCAACAAGCGGUGCGUCUACCCAGAGAACACUGUUUGUGCCGCCACAUACGAGCUCUGCGAUAUUGUGCCCAGUGGUGUUCUCUUCCGCGACGAAGCCAAUUGCCACAAGUACCAUUCCUGCGUUAAAAACGUCUUAAAGAACUACACCUGCGAAACUGGCACAUAUUUUAAUGUGGCCACGGGUAAAUGUGGCGCCAAGAAGGACAUUGUCUGCGACGACCAUCCUCUGCCGGAGGACGCGUGUGGCACCAAGAAGCUGGCCAUGCGCAACAAGUUCGUCUCGGAUCAGGCCACCUGCCGCGGCUACUACUACUGCCGUGACCUCGGCUCUGGCGUCCCGGACCCGGAUCCCAUUCACAUGCAGUGCGACGAGAACACCUUCUUCAACCAGGACCGACAGGGGUGCAUGCCCCGCGAGAGCCAGAAGUGCAUCUACGACCGGUGCGAUGGCCGCCAGGAUGGCUACGAGGUGGCCGAGGACGAAGGCUGCCACAAGUACAUCCAAUGCGUCGAUGGCCGGGAGUCUACUCCCAUGAGCUGCGGUGAGGAAUACUUCAAUGCUGCCACCCAGAGUUGCGCCAAAACGAAGAUAACUUAUGGAGCUUGUUCCGCUUAAAAGUCCAAACAGAACCAAAUACAUUUCAGGGGUUUAAUUCCA